AUGGCAUCAACCGACAACACUCGUCCCCCAUUUGACGCUGUUAUUCAGUCCAUUUCUGACUACGUCUUCAAUUAUCAAAUAUCCUCCACAAAUGCAUGGAUGCGCGCUCACGUCGCGCUGCUCGACUCUCUUGCCUGCGCCAUUGAGAGCGUCCCUGUCUGCAGCAGCUUUAUAGGGCCUACCGUCAAGGGGACUGUCGUACCUAAUGGCUUCCCACUCCCCGCGACGCCUUACGUGCUUGACCCACUCAAGGCGGCGUUCGACCUCGGUUCCCUCAUCCGCUAUCUCGACCACAGCGACGCGUUUCCCGGUGCGGAGUGGGGCCAUCCGUCCGACAAUAUCGGUGCCAUUCUCCCGGUCGCAUACUGGUUCAGUAAGUCUGGUGACGACAGUAUCAAGAUGAAGGACGUCCUUGAGGCUAUUAUCAAAGCCUAUGAGAUUCAAGGUGUUUUUCAGAUCAAAAACGCGUUCAACAAAGUCGGAAUUGACCACGUUGUUCUGGUCAAGAUCGCCGCGACAGCGGUGGUCUCCAAGCUCAUGGGCCUCACGCGUGCACAGGCCAAUGACGCAAUCAGCCAGGCCUUCGCUGACGGACAACCGCUCCGGAUCUACAGGCAGGGUCCCAACACCAGCCCGCGCAAAGGUUGGGCGGCAGGGGACGCGUGCAUGCGCGCCGUACACCUCGUCCUCAUGACCAAGUCCGGCCAACCAGGCUUCCCAACCGUGCUCACGGCGCCCACCUGGGGGUUCUAUGCGACGAGCUUCGGCGGGCGCGUGUUCGAGCUUCCCGUGCCCUUCCACACGCUCGUCAUCGAGCACUUCUUCAUCAAGCUUGCCGUGGCGGAGGGCCACGGGAUCGCUGCGGUCGAAGCUGCACUGUCGCUCUCCACGCAGCUGCGCGGGCGCCUCGAGCGCGUGCGCGAUAUCCGCAUCCGCACGCAGGCGGCGGCGAUGACGAUCAUCGACAAGACAGGGCCGCUGCACAAUGCCGCGGACCGCGACCAUUGCAUGCGGUAUAUGGUUGCGGUCACGCUCCUCAAGGGCGGGUGGCCCGCGGCGGGCGACUAUGCGGACGCGUCCCCAUGGACGGGCGAUCCGCGCGUCGAGGCGCUCCGUGCGAAGAUGACGAUGGUGGAGGACCCGCAGAUGACGAGGGAUUAUCAUGAUAUGAGCGCGAAAAAGGCUGCGAGCGCGCUCCUGGUGACGAUGGACGACGGGACAGUGCUCGACGAGGUGCUUGUUGAGCGCCCCGUUGGGCAUCCGAAUCGUGAGGAUACACCCGAGCGUACGAGGGAGAAGUUCAUCGAGCUGACGAGCGGCGUGCUGCGCGACCCUGUUACGGUUUGGGACCAGGGCAUGCGGGAGGAGAUGGAAGAGAUGAGGGUGUGCGAUUGGGUGGAUGGUUUUAUUGCGGAGCAAAAGUCAUCUAUGCAGGUCUAG